CUAAUCCUGGUGUCUUGUAGUGCCGCAAUCGAUGAAGCUAUUUCGCCUGGAUUACCGGCCCUGAACAGCGCCAAUAUUGAAGUGUUCUGUUGUGUUUUUUAUCAGGGGAGAAAAAACAAGGGGAGAAACAGGGUCUGUUCUCAAGUUUUGAUAAGAUGAUGUGAAAUGGAUGAGGCUGAUGCUGACGGCGAAUGGAGCGAUGAUGACAUUCUACAGUCUGGGUCACAGACCGGAAUCUCCGAAACAGAGCCCGAGGAUUACAGAGGUCGCAGAGGUCAGCUAAAGAGGCAGCACCAACCUUACAACAACCAGAAGAAGAGCCCCAGCACACCUGUAGACAGGAGCUUACCUAUCCGGCAGGUGAACAACACAGGUGCCACUUCCGGUGCCAGAAUGACCGGCGGCGCUGACCCUGUGGAUGAGAUCCUGGAUAAAAUUGAUGCCGAGUUGGAUGCGAUGGAUCAGACGAGUACUAAGGUGUCAUGGAAACCAGACCUAACAGCUCGUGCAGGUACCCCACAACCCAGAACUUCCCCAGGUUUAUUUUCUAAACAAUACACGCCGAAUCCCGACAGUGACGUCACCAAGGCUAAAAACACUUUUGGCCCAGAAACCAUGUUCAACACUUCAUCUCGCACCAAUGGUUUCCCUGAAGUUCACAGCGUUCCCGAUAUCCCAGCUGAAUUAGAUGCUGUGACAGCACAUCAAACAGAUCUCCAGUUCAAGGAAAUCAUGCGGAAGAAAAAAGUCAAUGCCGAACUCUCGCAGAACUCCGGGAAAUCUCUCGGCUCGCUGUCUACAAGACUCAAGUCUCGGAGCACCAGCAGACCGUCUGCCAUGAUGCUGAGCACGGGAUACGGUACGGACAACGAGUCGAUACAGACGGAGGAGUUCGAAUCCCGGUUUAUGGGCAUGGUUAUCUCCCCGUCAGACACGGAGAAGGGGGAGACGAUGGUGAAACCUCUAG